AUGGAAAGUAACAAUCAUACAUUGAUGGAAGAAAAUAUAUCGACAGUAAUGGGAAAAAAUGGUAGUAGCUAUGGAAUUGUAGAUUUACCUGGAGAAAUUCUAGUACACGGAAUAAUACCCUUCAUUUCUGAAUAUCAUCCGAAAGAUGUGAUGAGACUUAUUCUACUCAAUCAUGAAACAAAGGAUAAAAUUAUGGAAGGCUUGAAUUCGUUCCGAAUUGUUGGAAGUGAAGUUUAUAAAGCAAAUAUUGCUAGAACCAAUUUCAAGAAACCAGGAGUUGGUAGAAAAAGGGAUCAACAACGAGGAUUUAAAUUGAAUUUUUCCAAACCUAAAAAGUUGGCAACUCAAAAGGAUCUGAUCAUGUUGGACAAGUUGAAGAAUUUGAAGAGUGUAACCUUUGAAUCAUUGUUUUUUAACGAUAAGAAUAAGGAGAAAAUUAUUUCUGCACUCAACAAAGUAACAAACCUGUCAGAACUCAAAUUUGUGAAAUGUAAGGGUUCUUUCUUGGAAAUUUUGAAACCGUUCAAUGAAAAAUUGACUAGCUUACAUUUCAUAGAUUGCAUUGGAAGUAUAUUUCACUUACAUGAAACUUCAUUCCCUAAUUGCGUAAAUCUAGUUUUUUCCACCAAGUACUUUGAUGGACAACACAAAAAGUACAAAUCCAAGCUCAUCACUGAUCUGCCUAUCAUCACACCAAAUUUAACUUCCCUCACUUUCAUUGAUAAGAGCUCUAAAUCAUUCUCACCUGCCACACCUUCAUUUUAUUCAUUCAUAAAACUCAAACAAUUGAAAGAGUUGAAUAUUGACACUGCAACGUUUACAUGCCCGAAGUUAAGUGAAAUUUUGAACCAUAACCCAUCACUAAAGUGUAAACUUCCUAGUAGGUUCCAGGAUUUAUUAGGAAAGGCCAAAAUCACAAUUACAGAGCUGGAAUAUUUCAAAUAA